UUGGGCCCAAUUGACAUGGGGUCCAUAAAGAAAGCUGUAAACCCAGUGUCAACAAACACAUCCACAUAUCGAGAGAUAGGGAGGAAGGAGAGGAUGUCGCUGACUUACGGGUCCUUGGUGGAUCCUCCGGCGCUCCUACUGAAUGGCUGUGGAAGGAGCCACAGAGUCACUCCUGAGUCUUUGUUGAAGAGAAUGAAACCUGCGGCCAUGGCAUUCGAACGCACGGCCACCAUCCGGAACGAGAACAAGGAUGACCGGGAAAAGAGAAAGGAGGACGGCGCGGUCGGCGGCCGUGCAGCUUUCCCUUUGCCUGCGCGAGUUUCGACGGCUCUGAUUGCUCGAUCGGCCAUUGCUGUGGUCGCCUUGGGAUUCAUCGAUGCCGGGUACAGUGGCGAUUGGUCAAGGAUUGGAGUUAUCUCUAGAGAGACUGAGGAAGUGCUCAGGCAGGCCGCUUAUUUUGUGGUACCACUAUGUCUAUACCUUAUUUUCAAAUUCUCUGUAGAAGAAGAGACUCCAUCGAAGAACAACUAAUUCGCAAUGAAAGACCUUGUAUUUAUGUUUUAUAGUUUCAUAUAAUGGCUUGAGUUUGUUGAAGGAAAGUAGUUUAUGCGUGA